GAUGGGAAAGGGCGACGACGCGCUCGGACAUCGCCGUAGCCCUGCUUUGACGCACAGUUUUGCGCGCCGCGUCACUGUGAAGACGUUCGCUCCACCGUCAGCCACCGCACUGCUUCAUCAGGGCGUUUGUGGAUCUUUAUAUCGGCGAUGCGUCCGGAGUUAACGCUAAUGCCGAAGGACGGUUCUGACAAAACGUGAAGCUAUAGGCAUCAACGUUCCUUUUUUUUUCCCGCAAUGGAUACGUACAAUUAUUCCUUCGAUAACAGCUCCUCAAGCAAGCAGGAGAAGCCGACGGCCGCCAUCUGGUGGCAGUCGGAGGAGGCGGUCCUGGUGGCCCCGUACACCAUCAUACUUCUACUCGCCGUGCUCGGUAACGGCUUGGUCAUCCUGACGCUGGCCAUCAACCAGCGCAUGCGCACCGUGACCAACCUCUUUCUUCUCAACCUGGCCGUUAGCGACCUGCUCCUCGGCGUGUUCUGCAUGCCCUUCACCCUCGUGGGAGUCCUGCUCCGCGAGUUCGUCUUCGGACAGCUCAUGUGCAAGCUCAUACCUUACCUGCAGGCGGUGUCGGUGUGCGUGUCCGACUGGACCCUGGUGGCGGUGUCGGUGGAACGCUACUACGCCAUUUGCCAGCCCCUGCGCUCGCGAGCAUGGCAGACGCCCCGUCACGCGCAGCGCACCGUGGCGGUGGUGUGGGCCGUCUCGCUUCUCCUCAUGCUGCCCAUCGCGCUGCUCAGCGAGCUCAGGCCAACCAGAGACUCUGCCAAGAUGAAAUGCCGAGAGGACUGGGGAGAAGCCCUGUACGAAAGACUGUUCACGCUCUUCCUGGACGUGCUGCUGCUGGUGCUGCCGCUCGUCGUCAUGGUGGCCACGUACGCGCGCAUCGCGGUCACCCUGCACUCGGCCAUGCAGCAGCAGCAGACCACAGCGACCACUGGCUCACCGCUCAAAAACGGCUCGCCGUUCGCGGCCGUGCACCCGUCUCAGCCCGAGCCGGGCACGUCGCUGCGACUGCAUCGGGGCGCCACCAUACGAUGGCACCCGCGGGACCCGGACCGGUCGCUGGCCACCAAGCAGCGCAUCAUACGGAUGCUAUUCGUGGUGGUGGUCGAGUUCUUCGUCUGCUGGACGCCGCUGUACGUGCUCAACACGGUGUCGCUGUUCCAGCCGGAAGCCGUGUACUACGGGCUCGGCUAUCGAGGCAUCUGCUUCCUGCAGCUGCUGGCGUACGCCUCCUCCUGCUGCAAUCCCAUCACAUACUGCUUCAUGAACAGAACCUUUCGCGUCAGUUUCCUCGCGCUGUGUCGUCGAAGUUGUUCGCAGCGCAAGCAGGGUCCGGGCAAUGUGCGCAGUUUGGAAAAGCAGGAUUUUGUGUACGUUCUGGGUCGCGAAGUGACGUAAUUGCCGCCAUUUUUCUCGACGAUCCAAAGUACGAAGAAAGUAACUUUGUCGCACAGAGGAACAAAAUCUUCGGUAAUGAACAAGCGCGCACAAUUGAUAAGAAGAUAGUGGGGGGGGGGG